AUUACCAUGGCAACAGAAGGGCUUGUGGAGCCAUCACAGGGCCAUGUGACCUUUGAGGAUAUUGUGGUGUACUUCUCCCAGGAGGAGUGGCAGCUCCUUGAUGAAGCUCAGAGGUGCCUAUAUCACGACGUAAUGCUGGAGAACUUUGCACUUUUGGCCUCAGUGGGUUGUUGGCAUGGAGUAGAGGCUGAGGAGGCCCCCCCUGAGCAGACUGCUUCUACAGAAGAAGUGUCACAGGCCAGUUCUCCAAAGCCAGGUCCUUCCGUCUCAAAUGCUCAUCCCUGUGAGAUAUGUAUCCUGGCCAUGAAAGAUACAUUUUACCUGGCUGAGCACCAGGGAGCACUUCCUGGGCAGAAACUGUACACUUGUGUGGCAUGUGGGAAACACUUUUCAUUCAAUUCGAACCUACACCAGAACCAGAACCAGAACCAGCACAGCGAAGAUAAACAUGUCAGAAUGGAGGACAACAGGACCUUGCUUGUAAAUACCUGCAAAAUCCCUGUGUCAGGCAACAUUUUUACAUGCAAAGAUGUCGAGAAGGAUUUCCUAGUCACCCCGGGCCUUCUCCAGCACCACAAUACCCACAGUGGAGAGUAUCCACAUAGAAGCAGGGAGACCUUUCACACUCAGCAAAGGCACUACAAGUGUAACAAAUGUGAGCAAGUUUUCAAGGAGAAGGUUCAUGUCAUUGAGCAUCAGAGAGUUCACACUGGAGAAAAAGCUUAUAAACGCAGUGAAUGUGGAAAAUCCUUGAACUGUAAAUACUCACUUGUUCGGCGUCGUAGAACCCAUAAUGGAGAAAAACCUUACGUGUGUAAUGUGUGUGGGAAAUCAUUCCUCCAUAAGCAAACACUUGUUGGGCACCAGCAGAGAAUUCACACUGGAGAAAAGUCUUAUGUGUGCAUUGAAUGUGGGAAAUCCUUAAGUUCUAAAUACUCACUUAUUGAACACCAGAGAACCCAUAAUGGAGAAAAGCCUUAUGUGUGCAGUAUAUGUGGGAAAUCAUUCCGCCACAAACAAACAUUUGUUGGGCAUCAGCAGAGAAUCCACAGUGGAGAAAGGCCUUACGUGUGCAUAGAAUGUGGGAAAUCUUUUAUUCGAUCCUCUGACCACAUGCGACACCAGAGAAUUCACACUGGAGAAAGGACUUACGUGUGCAGUGAAUGUGGGAAAUCCUUCAUUUACAAACAGUCACUUCUUGAUCACCAGAGAAUCCACACUGGAGAAAGGCCUUAUGAGUGCAACGAAUGUGAGAAAGCCUUCAUCCAUAAAAGAAGACUUCUUGAGCACCAGAGGAUCCACACUGGAGAAAAGCUUUAUGUGUGUGUCAAAUGUGGAAAAUCAUUUAUUCGAUCCUCUGACUACAUGCGACACCAGAGAAUUCACACUGGAGAAAGGGCUUAUAAGUGCAGUGAAUGUGGGAAAGCCUUCAUCUCCAAACAAACACUUCUUAAGCACCACAAAAUCCACACCAGGGAAAAGCCUUAUGAAUGUAAUGAAUGCAGGAAAGGCUUCUACCUCGAGCACAAGCUUUUUCAACACCAAAGAAUCCACAUUAAAGAACAACUUUAUGAAUGCAGUGAAUGUGGGAAAGCCUUCAGCCACAAAAAAAGACUGCUUGAGCACCAGAAAGUUCACACUGGAGAAAAACCCUGUGAAUGUAGUCAAUGUGGAAAAUGCUUUAAACACUAUACCAGCCUCAUUCAACACCAGAAAGUUCACACUGGAGAGAGGCCUUAUAAAUGCACUGCCUGUGAGAAGUCCUUCAUCUACAAAAACAAACUUGUAGAGCAUCAGAGAAUCCACACUGGAGAAAAGCCAUAUGAGUGCAGCAAAUGUGGGAAAACCUUCAACAAAAGGUAUUCCCUCAUCAGACACCAGAAAGUUCAUACACGAGAAAGGCCCUAGCCGUUGAUGGGAUGUGUGAUUACCUUGUUCACCAAAAUACCAGAGAGCACAUUUUUCAAGGCAUCUAUCAGACAAAAAGUGAACCUCAUAUAUCUGAAGAUCAACAGUUGGAUGAUUCACUGUGAGGUCCAAGUACUUAGGAAGCUUUCUGGACUUGUGCUUUCUUAUCUGCCCGGCAUUGCAGCAUACACUGCAAUGUGGCGUAUCCCCACAGUGCCCGUCAGUCACUCAGAUGUGCUGAAGGCAUGCAGACCUAUGUGUUCACCACAUUCUGAAGGGAAUUGUGAAUAAUAUGAGCCUAUUGGGGGGUCCUCUUCCAAACUGCUGGAUUAAGGCAUAGACAGGACCUAUCUUUGGCCAAGAAGAGUUAUUUGGGUUCUGGUAGCCUAUGGAGGUUUACCUUCUUUGUGGAUAUCAUUUUUUAAUGUGAAUGCCAUGGUGGGGCUUUCCCUACCCCACCGAAGAGGAAAAUGGCACAUCUUACCAUUUGCUGAUGUUUGUGCUAAACACCUUAUUGUUUAGACCACCUUUAACCUUGGAGGUUGUGUGCACUGUGUGGCUUGGGUUUAGAGCAGAAUUAUUAUCUAUCAGUAUGAAGGGUGAACAGCUUUUGUGGGAACUACAACUUUAUGUGCCCCCAAGGGCACAGGAUGAUGUCAGAGCAUAGUUCUUAGUUCUGUUUAUCUUAAUUUUCAUUGUUUUCCAAGGUCUCCUAAGAGAGACAGCAGAGCUACAUUAUGUGGCAUGGUUGCCAGAUUUAUUUGUAGGUCCAGAGGUCUCCCUGAGAAGAGGCAUUUCUGACACUCAAGUACUGGGAUCUGCAUGAAUUUAUCUUUGAUCCCAGUGAUGCCUCAUAUUUCCUAGCAUUGGUCAUGGAAAGCUGCUUCCCAGGUCCUUCAGCAUAACUGUGUUCACUGAAGGACAGAAUUUGGUAGGCAGGUCACUGGUUGUUAGACCUGCUAGGGCCAGACAAGAACAAUAAUUGGCCCAGAGACCUACGGUGUGAUAAAUAGUGAGAAAAUUGCGGGCAAGAACAGUGAAUAUGUCCCAUCUAUAGGUGCAUCCAAAAAUAUCCAUGUUACUAUGGCUUCAUGGUUUGGGAGUAUAUAGCAAUUCUCAGGACUGCAGGCCUUUGUUUUUCCUGUGGCCACUGUCAUUGUCAUCAUGAGUAAUCUAAGAUUUUGUGAACUCACAUAACUUUUCUGAACUGUUUUUGAGAUGAUUGCUACACAGGCAGGAAAGCAGUACUUGAGAGAACGUAGCCCUUGUAGUCCAUAUUUGUGGUUUUGUGACUUGGCCAAAUCUGUUGUGUCAGAUGGAAAUUAUCUUCAUUACUUGCCACUUACUGCUGCCACUGAGAGGGCUGUCCUUCCUAACUUGUGAGAUGAAUCCUUAAUUAUAAGUAAAUCUCGUGUUACCAAAUAGUUUGGUUUUCCAAAAAGUGGGAUAGAUGCAUAUUUUUGUGUGGAACCAUUUAUUUUAUAACGUUGAGGUGUACUUUUCAUACAACAGAACUUUC